AUGUCGCGCGACGCCGACGCCGACGCGAGCGACGCCGACGCCGACGCGAGCGACGCCGACGACGCGCCGCGCGGCGAGGACCUGUACGCGAUCCUCGGCCUGCGCAAGGAGGCGAAUCCGUCGGCGAAGGACAUCAAGCGCGCGUACCAUCGCAAAGCGCUCGAACUUCAUCCCGAUAAAAACGUCGGCGACGCGAGCGCGGCGGGAAAGUUUCAGACGCUGCAGCGCGUGUACGGCGUGCUGAGCGACGAGACGAAGCGACGGACGUACGACGCGACGGGAAGGGUGGAGGACGCGGAGUUGGGAGGGGAGGCGUUUCAAAAUCUGUACGAAUAUUACCGCGGGGCGUAUAAGGAGGUGUCGACGGAGGAUAUCGAGGCGUUCGAGCGGGAGUAUCGGGGAAGCGAGGCGGAAAAACGAGAUGUGCUGGAGCGCUACGCGAAGUACGAGGGAGACAUGACGCGGGUGUUCGCGUGGGUGAUGUGUAGCGAGGAGGCGGACGAUUCGCAUCGAUUCGCCGACGUCGUGGACGAAGCCGUGAGGGAUGGACGCGCGGAGUCGUACGCGGUGUACGAGGCGUGGGCGCGAGAGGUGAGGAAACGAAAGGCGCCGAAAGAUCCGCUGGGGGCGCGGAAGGUGAAAAAGGGGACUAAGAAGGGUGGCGGCGACGACGCGGAUUUGUUUGCGCUCAUUCAACGCAAGAACGCGAUGCGAGCGGAUCAGGCGGAUGAUAUGUUCGCCGCGCUCGAGGCAAAGUAC